AUGGCGAAACCCAAGUUUGCUAUUCUCGACGACUAUCAGGGCAUUGCGCCCGCUUACUUUGCACAUCUCGAGUCGCGCAUUGAUAUCUCCAGUUUCCCCGAAACCCUCGACCCCCGCGAUCCUAGACAGCACGAUGCUCUCGUCCAACGACUCCUUCCCUUCGAUGUGAUUUUAGCAAUGCGCGAGCGAACCCCCUUUGCUGCCAAGACAAUCUCCGCGCUGCCGAAUUUGAAACUCCUUCUGACCACCGGAACCCGCAAUCUCUCGCUAGAUCUCGAAGCAUUUGCGCGUGCCAAUAUCCCAGUCGCGGGGACCGAAGGGCGACCUCCUGGCGUCAAUUCUACCGUGCAACAUACCUGGGCCUUGAUUCUAGCGCUUGCUCGGAAUGUGGCACGCGACGAUGCGGCAGUGAAGCGGGGUGAAUGGCAAGGCUCCCUGGGGUUAAAUCUGUCUGCAAAGACCCUCGGACUGCUUGGUUUAGGGAAACUCGGAUCCCAGGUGGGAAAGAUUGCAGUGUUGGCCUUUGGGAUGAAAGUGUCAGCCUGGUCGACCAAUCUGACCCAAGAAAAGGCCGAUGAGCAAGCUCAAGCCCAGGGCCUGCCUGCCGGAUCAUUUGUGGUCGCUCCAUCCAAAGAGGAAUUCUUUGCACAGGCCGACGUUGUGAGCUUGCACAAUGUGCUCUCCGAUCGAAGCCGCGGCAUUGUCGGUACUCCCGAGUUGGCCAAGAUGCGAUCCACUGCGUUCAUUGUCAACACUUCACGUGGGCCCUUAAUCGAUGAGGCUGCCCUCCUCGAGGCCCUGAAUGCAGGCCGCAUUCGUGGCGCGGCACUUGAUGUGUUUGACCCGGAGCCAUUGCCGCUUGACAGUCCAUGGCGAACAACUCCGUGGGGUCAAGACGGGCGGAGUGAGGUGGUCUUGUCGCCCCACAUGGGGUACGGCGAAGAAGAACUAUUGCGAGGUUGGUAUCGGGAAACAGCUGAGAAUCUGGAGAGGUGGCUUAAGGGGGAAGAACUGGUACGCAAGAUGAAUUAA